CGGGUUAAAUCAUUAAAUCCAGUUAAUACAAAUUCCCGAGGUGGCCCCCGUUUGAUACCAAAGAUGCAAAGGGAAGGCUUCUAUUCGUACUAUGCCGUCGAAGUUGUAACGGUACAGCAACUUUCGAAGAGUGAAAUCCUUGAACGUACCACAUCAGUACCGCCUUUAGUGUACCCUUAUCCAUAACGUCGUCCACGACCCCUGUUCGGCAGAGUCACAUCCCUAUGAAUCUAUAACAGCGUGCACUAUUGGUAGGGAGAGCAGGCCCCUGCGGUUGCGUGCCCGAGGCUGGGAUUAGGUCGGACGUGACGUGAUUGACAGAUCUUGGCGGGAAGCUCUUGUACGGGCAUGGUUUGUAGAAUAAUUCAGCUGUAAAAGACCACAAUGUCCCUGCAAUGGACCCGUGACAUUUUUUGGUUAUUUGCAUCAGCCUUUAUGCGAUGCACCUAGUUUUAUGAUACUGCAGUUGAGGUGUUGACGGGAAAAUGGGUUGGCUGAGGGGAUCAUAGAACUGAGUCACAUGGCUGGCAUAGGAGAUACAGUUCCACUGUCUCGCCACACCAACCACAAUGCAUGUGAAGUUGGACUAUUGAGUGACAUUCGUCUCUUUGCAAAGAAUCAGCCAUGACUAACAGAGUCAACCUAACUGCCCCCAAAGGCAUUUCGUGUUCCAGAAACCCCACGGUUCUUUGGUAUUCUCCUUUAUUUUGGAAGGACAUGUCAAUGUGAUCGAUGAAGAUUACAUGAUCGGCAUUCGGGUACGGAUUACACUGAUUUUUCAUUUAAAGGUCACAUGGUGUGGUAUCUUUAGCGAAUCUCUGACGGCUAACAGGCAGGGAUAAGCUCCACUUCCUGAAAUCAUUCGUCGGGGACACAUGUCAUCGUAGCGGGAAGAUGGAGAUUUAAAGCAUACCCCCGCGUCAUCAAAAAGAGGUGGAGGCUCAAGUUGUUCUUCACGAAGGCGUGCAACAAGCAACACAAUAACAAGGUCGCCAUCAAGGUUUGGUUUCUCCGAACCGCCCGUUAGUGUCCGUCCUUGGUCGCCCAUGCAGUCCGAGUCGAGGCGUUCAUGUGCAAGGCGAGAAACCCCAACCCAUUUGAACAGCUUACCUCAGCGAACCAAUGUCAAUCGAGGGUAGUCCCUUGCCGGUACUAGAUCCUCCUGCGCCCGUGUUGCAAACGUAAAGAUAUAGAUGUGACCAGUCUAGUAAUUAGUUUGGUAAAUUCUAUGAACAGCUGCAUUGAAACCUGUUUAGUUAUCGAUGUCCUGAAGUUGUUGUCGAAACAGGAUUGCAGCCCAAUUGCACUGAGUGUUGUCACCAGCGUGUCCGGCCUAAAUAAAGAAAUUCAAAGGCUCAUAGAAUGCAUAUGCCAACACAAUCAGGUCGUGGCAGACUUUCGGAAGGCGUUGACUAUGUUGGCGAAGAUUCAGGACAGGGAGCAACAGUGUGACCGAAAAAAUGGACUCAGAUGCCCGUGUUGGAAUGGGAUCCCGUCAAAGCGGCGACUACGUCCAGAGGAUUUGCAGCAAGACGAUCUUAUUUCUCAGGAGACGAACCCGUCGCAACACCAUGAUCCGACCUAUGUGCCGACGGUGGGUGCAAACUUUAGCAUGGAUCACAUGCCUUUCAGAUCCAAGAGGUCUAAGAAAUCCCCUCGCAAUCGACGAUCCGCCCGAGCCAAGACGCAGCCAAAAAUACCCCCUAACUUGUGCCCGUCUAAUUCCUGCCAAGUUGAUCUAACCGGCGAACGAGGAGGGCAGAGUCGACGUCCUCGUCAUCCACGUAGCAAGUCGCCGCGGCACUCUAACUGCCUACAGAAGCACUACAAUUACCUCGCCCUUGUUGGUAGCGAUUGAGUUGUGGACGAGUCGGCUCUUUUAUGCAUCAAUGCGGACAAGAUCCCCAAGGUUAAGUUUCCUUUUUUUUUAAUUAUUUACCGUUCACCUCCUUCAUGACUGACAUGAGACUGGUUGUGGUAUUUCACUAUUUGAUGUAGGCUUUCAACCUAGCCUACGUACCAAUACGGAGCAUGGACCUCGCAGGGGUUGAGCUUGCUAUUGCAACGUACAUCUUUAGCAAGGAUCUUCCAAAGAUGUAUAUCAAAUGUUUUUAGCAAUUCUUUCUAGGGUGCAUUGCUUCAUUUAUUAUGGCAUAGAAAAUGUUUGCGAAAAAGAUUUGGAGACUCCAACGUUAUUAGGCAACAAUUAGCUCCACCCUCUGUCUGCUUUGUUACACAUUUGUCUUUUGAUUACGCAAAACUGGAUCAGCGAGUAUGUUGUGACCCUUGAAAGCAUGUCAUUUCAGUGAAAUUCUGGCUGACGUUGGUCACUGUUAAGGGUGUAAUCGGUUCGGUUUUGAACCAAAAACCAACCGAACCGACCUGAUCGGUUCUACAAUGAGACCAACCAUUCGGUUGGCUGCUGUUUGAACAACCGAACCGAACCGAACCGAACCAAUAGCGAUUUGGUUCGGUCAGUUUUUUCGAUUUUUUUAUUCCUAAUAAUCAGAAUUUAAAUUACCAUAAAAUGAACUUUAAAACUGUCAAUAAACUAGAAUAACAAGAGUAUAUCACAUCCCAAUUCAAUACAAAUUCAACUUAAUUAAACAUAAAACAAAUACAAUUAAAAAUGUCUAGUAAAACAACAAAAAUAAACACACUUUAAACCGAAACAGUCACUUUAAAAUAAAUGAAAACUAAACAGCCACCAUACUUAAUAUGAAUCCACACCAGACUCAUCGUCAUCUUCCCCGGUUGGUGCAAUUUCUUCCAAAAUAAAACAAAAAAAUCAAUAUGAAUUAUAAACAUAAACAUAAUAUAGAUUAUAAAUUAUAAACAUAAACCAUAAAAGGAACUACAAGAUAACAAAUUAACAGCACACAUAUAUGCACAAAGAAAUACAAAUUAACGGCACACAUAAAUAUGCAGCCAUAAUGAAGAAAAUAAUAAUUAUGACUUGUUGAUCCUUGAUGCAAUUUUCUAACAAAAAUAAAAGAAAGAAGAUAUAAAAAGAAAAAACUUCUUUGAAAAAAUUAUCAAGUGGAAAACAGUACAAAAAAUCAUUGUUCUGCUUCAAAAUACAAAACCGGCAGGAGCACAAAGUUGACAAGCAAGGUAAUCUGGUUUGACACAG